UGGUAGCAAUACUUGAGAAGCCAGAUGAUUGUUACAUCAUGAAGAAAAUGGGUGUAGCACAAGUAAAUUCCGAAGUUGUAUGUAGGUUUUCUUAAUUCCUUCAUUUGAGUUCUGGUCAGUGGACAUUAUAUGGAAAUUUAGAUCACAUCCUAGCUAUUAGCUACUUGCAAGUGGUUUGCUAUUAUAAGAAGAAACACUGCUGGUAAGAAGAGGUCCUGUCUCUCUCAUCUCUGAAUUCAUGUAAUUUCAUUCUCAAUGUUUGUUUGUGGUCAAUGCAAGUGCAACCAUCAGUCAACUUGGUUACAUAAGGAUGAUCAGGGUAGUAAAUCAUGGUGGUUGCUUCACGAAGGCAGUGAAAACCUCUAAUUUCCCUUCAGAUUCCCUCUGCAGUAAGCAGGAUCUUCAAUAUUUUGAGUUCAAUUAUAUUGUGAUUUUAUUGCUACUGAAAUGUUUUUCUGGUUUUAAAGGCCAAAUGAAAAUCUUUUCAUCAUCCAGAAGGUUUCUGGUAUAUUUAGAAUUUUUCUGGUAUAAUCUAUUUAUAAUGUCUGUUUUUAGCUACUCGUAAAAUUCCCUGGUAAAGGGGCGGUAAAACUAUUUGAUUCUUCCGGUAAUGGGACAUACACCAGUUUUGUGCCAACUCAAUUUGUAUGCUGAUGAUUCAUCUCGCAUUGUGAAGCCUUACACCUAUCAAGGCGAGCACCGCUAGUGAGCUGUAGUGCCUGUUUGUCAUGCCAUUCAUGCUCACCGGUUUCACUUUAUAAAUUUAUUUUUCUUCUGUGAUUCUCAGGUAUGGUUAAUCACAGACAAAGAGACAAAAAAACCUAGAGGAUAUGCUUUCAUUGAAUACAUGCAUACAUGAGACAUGAAAAGUGUGGCUGAAAGUUAUCUUGUAGUAUUCAUAAACAACCUGUACUCAUAAUUGUUACAAUAGUUGGGUUUUUUUUGCAUCAUGCAGCUGCAUAUAAGCAAGCUGAUGGUCGGAAGAUAGACAAUAAAAGAGUACUUGUUGAUGUUGAGCAAGGAAGAUCGGUGCCAAAUUGGCGACCUCAAAGGUUGGGUGGUGGACUUGGAACAACCAGGACCGGAGGGGAAGAAGUUAAUCAGAAGCAUUCUGGCAGGGAGCAGCAGAAAUGUGCAUCAGGACAUUCUAGAUCAGAGGAGUCAAGAGCACAAGAUGAUCGUCAGGUGGACAGCAUCUAUCAGUUAUUCAUUUUUCAAUGGGUGGACAUGGAGAAGUCUCGAGAAAGGGGACGGGAUCGAGAUCGAGAAUGGGAGAGGCCCCGUGAACGUUCCCAUGAUAGGGCAUGGGAGUGAAGGGAUGACAGACAGUACCACCAUUGGGACCGAGAUAGAAACAGAGAAAGGGACAGAGAGGAGAAAUGAGUGUGGCAGAGAAAGGGAGAGAGAACAUGGUCGUGAUCGGGGUCAUGGCAGAGAUAAGGAAAGAGAACGUGGUCGUGACAAUGACUGUGAACAUGAUAGUCAACCUGAAAGGGACCAGGUGCACGAGAGAGGCUAUGAUCAAGCUGGCUAUGAAAGGGACCAUGGUUAUUCACAUGACAAAGAAGCUGGAUAUGGUAGUGAGUAGAAGCAUGGCAGGGGAAGCUGGAUAAAAUCCAGUAGCUGAGGUUGGUUCGGUUGCCGGUGGUUGCCACUGGUAUGUCGUCUUUCUGCGUCUUCCAUUCAGUAUGUCACUUGUUAUCAGUUUUUGCUAAUCUUACAACAUGAAAAUCUCUGAAUUUGUCGUGGGAAAAUACUUCAUGCAAUUAUUUCCCAGAUAUUGUCUUCCAUCAUUAUUUCAUGUUUUUUUUAUACAAGUAUACCUUGGUGUAAGAGUAACCUUUUCAUGGAUGUACUGACAACAGGUUGUUGUUCCAUAUCAUAAUUCCAUUAGCAUGCAUCAUGUGCGAAGUUAUCA